ACAUGCUUUAAGAGCCGGUGCAAAAAUUGCAAAAAUGUCGGAACUUAAUGAAACGAAGUCCCCUUUAACAUAUAAAGUUCUGCACAAAUGUGAAGUCUCCAAUGCUAGAGUAGGAUUAAUGAGUUUAUUGCAUCAUGAUGUUGAUACACCAGUAUUUAUGCCGGUUGGAACUCAGGGAACUCUCAAAGGAUUGUUGCCAGAUCAACUUGUAAAUUUAAAUUGUCAAAUAUUACUGGGAAAUACAUAUCAUUUAGGAAUGAGGCCUGGCCCCGAAACACUGAGUAAAGCUGGUGGUUUGCAUAAAUUUAUGGGCUGGGAUAGAGCAAUUCUCACAGACUCUGGUGGCUUCCAAAUGGUAUCAUUAUUGCAAUUAGCUGAGAUUAAUGAGAAGGGUGUGAAGUUUCAAUCGCCAUUUGACGGAUCUGAAUGUAUGCUUACUCCAGAGCAUUCCAUUUUUAUACAAAAUGCUAUAGGUGCAGAUAUAAUAAUGCAGUUAGAUGACGUUGUUAAGACAACUGUAACAGGUCCAAGAGUAGAAGAAGCCAUGUAUCGUACUACAAGAUGGCUUGAUCGUUGCAUUCAGGCUCACGCUAGAAAUGAUGAGCAAAGUAUUUUUCCAAUUGUUCAAGGUGGAUUAGAUACAGAUCUCAGAGAAAAGAGCGCAACUCAACUAGUUGAACGAAAUACAAGAGGAAUUGCAAUAGGAGGUUUGAGUGGUGGAGAAAGUAAAAAUGACUUUUGGAAAGUUGUAUUGAAAAGCAUUAAUCACUUACCUGACGAUAAACCUAGGUAUCUAAUGGGUGUUGGCUUUGCAGCCGAUAUAGUUGUUUGUGUUGCCUUAGGAGUUGACAUGUUCGAUUGUGUUUUUCCAACUCGAACAGCUAGAUUUGGAUGCGCAUUAAUUCGCGCAGGUCAAUUGAACUUGAAACAGAAAAAAUUUUCCAAAGAUUUUGAACCCAUAGAUAAGAGUUGUGUGUGUUCGACUUGUAAGAACUACACCCGAGCGUACCUUCAUAAUAUUGUUACUGUGGAGACUGUUGCUUGCCAUUUGUUAACAAUUCACAAUGUUGCUUUUCAGCUGCAGUUAAUGAGAGAUAUUAGAGAAAGUAUUAAAAAAAAUGAGUUUACAAAAUUUGUUCAAGAUUUUAUGAAAGAGCAUUUUCAUGAUAGAGAAUAUCCAGAGUGGAUAGUUGACUCUUUGAAGGCUGUUAAUAUUAAUUUGUAACAACCAAAAGUAAAAUGAAGAUUUGUACUAGUAAGUAUUAGCAAGCGCCUAAGCCGUGUCCACGAAAGAGAGAAAAGUACUGACUAUCAAACUGAGUUUCAACUUUCGGAAUAGGGUAAGAAACUGUUUUGUUUGGAGCAUAGCUCUGUACAGAUCUAAGAUAUUGACUCUAAGAAAGGCCAACAGAAACUACCUGGGUAGUUUUGAUAUGUGGUUCUGGGGAGGAAUGGAAAAGAUAAAAUGAACAGACAAGAACAGAAGCCGAGAAGAGUGGGCAAGGAAAUAACUCUAUUGAGAACUAUCAUGAGAAGGAAUGUAAAAAAUGGGUUGCACCCAUUCUGUAUAGUAGAAGAAUCGAAAGGAAUAGGAAGAAAAGAAAUGCAAGAUAAAAAAAUACAGA